AUGUGCGAGCCUCGCACAGCACAAACAGCACGUCAGUGGGGAGACUCCCCUUCAAAGGCACCGCGACAUCAGAGUACCACGGCCUCCGGCUCAACUCCAACUGCAACUGCAGCCACAAUAAUGUUCCGCGAAAACCUCACAUCAACCCGACAACAAAUAUCCCCACCAAGUUCACCAUCAGCUUCAUCCUCCGCUUCCGCUUUUCAACCUAUCCAGUCUCAAUCAAUCGACGUCCUCGCUUCCCAACUUGGCAGUUCAUCCUUGGAUCAGUACCGCUAUAAUUCUUACUCCUCGACUACAACCCUCCCGGAAGCCGCUCUCUCACCCAUCUCAUUGCCCGAUGAGGAUUGUGUCACUGUUCAGUCUAUGCUCAGCCAGCAUGACUUUGGUUCUAUGGAGAUGGAUGCCGACUAUAACAACAUCACUAUGAUGACGCAAAGUACAUCAGAGCAUCCAACAUGCUCCAUCAAUAUGCCUUUCAACUCUCCCUCAAUUCCUGUGGAUCCAACCGCACUGGCCGAAGACCCGGGGCAUGCUUCAAGGUCAACAUUCAGGCCGAACUUUAACGGCGGGUUUGAGGUGGACGAGGGUUAUUGCGAAGAUGAUGAUGAUUUUUCGUGGCUUCAACCUCUCGCACCACGAAGGGCAGCUGGCACAUCAGACGGGAUCAAGAAGCGAUACGACCUUGGAUACAGAAGGUCUGCCGAUGCUGCAAGUCGCUGCCGCAACACAAUUCACAGCGUACCUCGCAUGCGACGACGCGAUAAGAAAAAGAGCAGGAGUUCGCACUCAGCGGCGAGCUCUGUAAGGAGUCGAUCGGACUCUCUGGCCUCACAGCUGGUGGCUGCAACACAAUAA